AUGAAGAUAUCUCUACGCUAUCUCGGUGAUCCUGGAUAUCAACAAGGUAUUGGUCAGGAACUUGGUGUUAGUCAAGCGACGGUAUCUCGAAGUGAGGAGAGAGUUGUGAACAGCAUAGUUGCACAGUCGAACGAAUGGAUCAAGUAUCCAACUACCAUCCAUGAACUGAUGGAGGCCAAGCGGAUAUGGCAAAGAAUGUAUAAAUUUCUGACAACAAUUCGUGUAACUGAUUCUACACGUAUAGGAAUCCUGAAACCAAAUCGCCAUGGAGAUGAGUAUAUCAACCGAAAAGGGAAACCUACUUUAAAUGUGCAAGCCACUUGUGAUGCCACAAGUAAUAAAUAA